AUGGCUGCAGCUGCCGCACCCCCGGUCAUGGUUCAAGCCGCAGAUGGCACACUUCCCAUCCCUGGAGCCUCUGCGCAGUCGGCUAGCGGAGGCGCGCUGGCCCAGCAGGCAAGGGACACUCGCUCCCAGAUUGAGCGCCUAGAAAACGCGCAGCAUGCGGGCGAUUGGGCUCCCGGAGCCCUGUUUGCUUCCAAGGCAAAGAAGGAGGAGAAGAAGAAGGAGCUUCAAUCCAAGGCCGAAACCGUCAAGGCAGCCCUGGAGGCUGCUAAUGCGGAGCAGAAGGCUGCCCAGCAGCGGCUCAGUGUUGCCCAGGCUGCCGAGGCGGAGGCCUCGGGGCAGGUUGCCCUGCUGCACAGCCUGCGUGCCAAGCUGCAGACGCAGAUGGACUCCCUCUUCGCCAACGCUGCCGCCGCGCGCAGCGAGGCGGAGCGCGCGCUGGCGGAGGCCGAGGCGGCCGCGCGCGCGGACGCCGCACAGAACAAAGGCUGGGCGGCGCAGUACACGGCCGCGGAGAACGGAUUGCAGCGGGCACUGGGCAACCUGCAGGGUGCCCUGAAGAUGCUGAAGACCGCUCAGAUGGUCGGUCGCGUGGAGAUGGUCCAGGACAUCGGAUUCCGUCGCCGCGAGUUCGGCGGCCCCAUGCGGCGCGAGGGCCUGCUGGGCGAGGCCGUGCAGAUGGGCAACGUGCGCCGCGCCAAUGACAUGGUGGCCCAGGCCGGCGCCGAGAUCCUGCGCGUGCAUGAGGGCCUGCCCACACUGCCAUAUGUGGAGCCAGCCCUGGUCAAGUCGUGCACCGCCGGCAUCUUCCUGGACGUGCUGGUGGGCAAUCUGAUGAGCGAGAUGCUGAUCCAGCAGCGCAUCCGGGCUAAUCUGGGCCAGGUGGAGAAGAUGGCGGGGCAGGUGCAGCAGUGCAUGCAGUGGACCCGGGCCAACGGCCAGGCCUUCAGCCAGCGGAGCCUGCAGGCGGAGGCGGCCGCAUCUGGCAAGGCCGCGGAGCUCCGCGCGCUGAGACUGAGGCUGCUGGAUGCGCUGUGA